UAACAAACUUUCGCCCUCUCUGCAGGUCCGUACAUUUUGGGAAGAGAAUUCCAACUACCUGACGAAGGUCACGAUAGGCGUCCACGUCAGGAGGACCGACUACAUGCACGCCUUGUUGGUAACUGAAGUGAUGUAGCCAGCGUCAUCUGGUCUUAUUCUCUGCUUUGUUAUGUUGGUGACUGAAUGGGAUUAUCUGGGGAUAUCUGGCAACCUGUGUCAUGAUGGUAAAUUAAAUGAAUACUUAUGAGGUGUCUGGGAUUUUUUUCGGUGAUGUUCACGGGAGGUAUUUGGCAACUUUAGCUAUAGGAAUUUACGAGUGAGAUAUAGAAUCACUUCCAACUGACAUCGUCAUUGAUUAAUUGCAGCGUUUCAAAGCAGUGGUUCCUGAGCAUGCUUACUUCAAGAGGGCUAUGGACUACUACCGUGAGAAACACCCAGGUUGCCGAUUCCUCGUCUCCUCAGAUGACUUGUCCUUUGUCAAGAGAUCCUUCGGUGCCUAUACGGACGUUUUAUUCACACCAGGAUCCGUCCGUGAGGUGGACAUGGCCCUGCUCGCGUUCUGUGACCACAGCAUCAUCACAUUGGGCAGCUUCAGUUUCUGGUCUGGGUACCUGUGCGGAGGCGAGGUCGUGUACCCCGACAUCUCUGCCAUGACCUCGUACCCUUUUCAAAGGACCUGGUACCAAUUUGGGCAGCUCAAGAAUUUCACUCCCUUGCCGCCAUAAAGGAGAACAGACGGAUGCGUUGAAUUACGUAGUUAGUGGUUAUUCGACUGGUGUGGGUCAUUGGUAUGGGGGAGAAGGGGCAGGACUUGAAUGCAGUUUUUAUUUAGGAUGAA